CUGCUGGGCACCAGAGCAGUGUCCAGCCUGGGGCAGUCCCUGUGGUGCCUCUGGAGCCCCCUGGCCCUGGGACACCCCAGAAUCCUCUAGGUAUUACUGGAAUGUAACUGUAGAGAAAAGUAUUCAUCUCUAACAGCUCGGUUUUAAUCAGACUUGGAUUUCUGGAAACACUACAGCAUGGCUUCAGCUGGGAAUGAGAUAGAAAGAUGGACUCACAGGCAGGGUGGCAGAAGUGGGAAGCUGGCAGAGCCUGUGGCCUCUCCUGAAAAUGAUCAUCUUUUGUCAGUGAAGUCAAUCAGCAGCGUGGACCCUCUCCUGCACCUCCCUGGGAAGGCAGACUCUGCUUACAGCUCCUUCUCAGGAGGAUCAGGUGCUCCAGAGUACCCCACACCAUCAUGCCAAGGUGAAAACUGUGUGCUGCCAGAGCAGGUCCCAUACAUGGACUUGGAAUAUGUAACAGGGAUUUACCAUCUCAGUGCUGCACACCCUGACCUCAGCUGCCCCCUGCCCUGCAAGGCACCAGAGCUGGGCACCCACAACAGCUCUCACAGCAGCAGUCUCACAGAUGGCUGUGGAAUUGCUCCCACCCAAAGGACUUCAGCUCAGGAGCCUGCAGCCCCACAGCUCAGCAGUUAUCACCCUGACAUCACUGCCAGACUCUGGGAGAAGCCAGGAGAGAGGCAGGGCUCUGCAGGGCACCCUGAGAGCAGCGUGCAGGCAGCUCCUGGCGUGCAGCCCCAGCCUGCAGGCAGGGAUGGGCCAUGGAGACAACACUGGGGUGCAGGUACAGAGCAAGGUGUGGGGCCUAAUAGGGAAAGGACUCUGGAAAACAAGGGCCUUUCUUCUCACUAUACAAAUAAGGUAUCAAAAGUUCAGGCAUUAAAGACAGAGGAAAAUGGAGAGUGGAGUCCAUCACAGCAACCUACAAAGAGAAGCAAUCCACACAUUUUCAGCAGACCUCGUUCAUUCAUUUUGCAAGAAUAUUUAAAGACUGACCCUGUAGCAAAUGUGCCCAAAAGACUUUCUGCUUAUAAUUCAGGUCAUGCUAAUAAAAUUCCCAAAGAGACAAGCUCCAAAUCCCAUCACCAGGCACAUUCCAACCCCAGUGCUGUUAAUGAUACACAGGAAGUCAAACAGUGUCCCAGGGCAGUGUGUGAGCCAAGUGCCAGAGAAGCAGCUCUGCCAAGCCCUGGGCCAGGAGCCAGCCAGAGCAAAGAGUCCUUGCCUUGUGCCCAGAGCCCACUCUGUGCUGGAUGGCAUUCAGACAUGGCUCAGGGUGUGUUUGAGGACAGUUCACAAUUAAAAUAUAUGGAGAAUGCUCUUCCAAAUAAAAAUGCUCCCAGGAAGCUGAACAGUUAUGCAGGCAAAAAUCAGUGCUAUGAUUCUGAAGGAAAAAUUCUGAGCAGUAUUAGGGAACCUGUCCCAAACCAGCAAAGCAAAGUGCAGAGAUCAGCAUUGUGCUGCAGCUGCAAUGCUGUGGAAGUGGAGGGGUUGGAUCAGGGAAGGAAGCAGUGCUGUGAUGGCACAAGCCAAGUGGCUUUGUUCAGACCAGAGGGAGAUUCCACAUUUCAGUCACUAUGUGAAGCCCAGAAAGAAAACCAGGGUAACAACAGCAGUCCUGACCUCAGCAUGUGUCUGGAAGAAGAGAAACCUCUUGUUCAGAAACCCCAGCCUGCAUUUCAAGCACAGCUCUUCAGACAGCUUCAGGAGGAGCAUGCUGGUGAAGAAAUAACCAGGCAGGCAACUCCCAUGCUUUACCACCUUUCUGCAGGGAAAACCACCCGUGUCCGACUCCCCAGCAAGGACUCCAGGAGCUCACCAAAGGAAAUCCCACCAAGGAGCUGCACUGCCUCAGCACAGUGCCCAGAGAUACCAAGGGAAGGGCAUCAGCUUCAGAGGAGCAGCUACCACCAUCAGCACAGUGCUGGUAACCUGCUCCAGAACAAAGAUCUCAUUGUUAGCAGUCCUGCAUCACCCACAGAAGACAGCUUCCAGAAUGACUAUAUAGAGAAACUUAAAGUGGCUCAGAGAAAGGUUCUCAAAGAAACCUCCUUUAAAAGAAAAGACUUACAGAUGAGUUUGCCUGUCAGACUGAGACAGAAAUCCUCUAAAAGGCCAUCAAUUGAACACCUUCGGUCUUUCUCGUUAUCCAGUGCAGGCAAGGAUGCCAAACCUGCUCCUUGCUCCCCUUCUCAUCUAGAAUCCUUGGAAAGUUUCAACAGAAAUGAAGAAACACAGAGGCCACAAAAAGAUCAAGGAGGGGGAAGGAAAAGGGUAACCCAAGAGCAGAAGAAACUGUGCUACUCUGAGCCUGAGAAGCUCCAUCACCUCAUGGAUAAGGAAGUGUCAUGGAGUCAAGCUAGGGUUGAAAUCUCUGAGCAAGAUGCAGUGGCAUCCAGGAGGAGGGGUCUGGAGAACAGAGGAAGGGCAUUUUCCAGUUCAGGUGUCUCCAGGACAGAGCUGAAACAAAUCCAGCACAGUGCCCUGGUCAAAUACAUGGAACGAAAGAUCAGCCAGAGACCAGGCAGCUCACACCUCCCCCUGCAUAAGCCACCCCUGCAGAAGAGGCUGUCAGAUCCCAGAGGGCCUUCUGGCCACAUUCCCAACCCAAAUGGGAGCAGCAAGAUGCAAAAUGAUGAGGUUUUCUGCCAACUUCUCUCUGAACAAAAAUCACCAGAUAUUUUUCCUCCCCCUCUGAACGUGACCAGCAGGUGCAAUCCCAGGGGAGGGGAUGGGAGCUGUGCCAGCAAGUGUCCAUCAGCUGAAAGUCUCCCCCAGGCAGGUGGUUCUGCAUCUGGGAGAGCUCCUGAGAGACCAAAAUCCACUCCUUCCUCUACACAGGACCCGUGCAGAUGUGCCAGAGGUGCAGCAGCAGCGUGCUGGAGCUAUGGGAGCUGCCCCAGCUUCCGUGAUGCUGAGAAAGAUGGAUCCAAGCAUCACGAACCUACUGACAUAACUGGAUGUGUGUGUGGCCAGGAUGAAAAGGAGCAGGCUCCUGAAACUUCUGUUCCUGUCCCGAGGAGUGGCAGCAGGGAGAGCCCUGGAGUGGAGGAGCAGUGCAGAGCUCAGUCUCUGCCUGGGGAUGCUGCACCCAGCUGCCAGCCUGGCCCUCCUCCAGAGCAGGGAGUGCAUCUCCCCACAGCACCAGCCCAGCCCCAGCAGGGAGACACAAACCCUGCCCAGCAAACCGUGCACAGCAGAGAGACACUCCUGCCCACCAGGAGCCUGCAGUCCUCCGAGGACCAGCAGUACCAGGAGCUUGCCAUGGAGAUCCUGGCCAAAGACAGCUCUCUGGUGGGUGUCCUCAUGCCUCAUCCUCUGAGGAAAACUGCUUUGGACCUGAUGGAGGGGUUGUUUCCCCUUAACAUUUCCGUGCUGGAUAAAUCACGCAGGAAAAGGGGAAAGGUGCAGACUGUGCAGGAGAAUGACAGGAAAAGUCAUGGAGAUGGACCAGAAGAAUGUCCAAAAUCUGAGCAAGAAACCAAGCAAAGAAACAAAGAUCCUGCCUAUAUGGCAAACCAAGUCCUGAAGAGGAGCAGAGACAGCACAAACAAGCUAGAUGACAUCACAUCUAAGAAACUGGAGCUGAUGGCCAGGCUGCAGCGCAGGCUGCGGGCGCUGCGGGAGGAGCGGGAGCAGGUCCUGUCGGAAUCCCGGGAAUGCGCCCGCUGGGGCGAGCGGCUGGAGCGGCGGCUGCGGGAGCUGUGCUCGCCCGGCGAGCUCCGGCGCUACUGCGCCUUCCUGGGCGACCUGGAGAAGGUGCUGAGCCUCCUGCUCUGCCUGUCCUGCCGCCUGGCCCGCGUCCAGAGCGCCAUCAGCCGCGUGGACGGCAGCACGGGGGCCGAGGAGAAGCAAUCACUGAGUGAGAGGCACCAGCUCCUGUCUCGACAGAGGGAGGAUGCAAAGGACCUGAAGGAGAAUCUGGACAGGAGGGAACGUGUGGUCUCUGGAAUCCUUGCCAAAUACCUGACAGAGCAGCAGCUCCAGGACUAUCAGCACUUUGUUCAAGUCAAGACCUCCUUGCUGAUUGAACAGAAGGACCUCGAAGAGCAGAUUAAAUUUUUCAAAGAACAAUUAGAAAAUCUUGACCAAAGCAUCCCCAUCUAACACCCACCACCAGUCCAGACAUUUUUAUAUGUUACAUGUGAUGUUUUCCUGGAAAUCCACAGUUGGGUGGAUUCUUCCAACCCUGUUUGUGCCACAGCACUGACAAGUGUUUAGAUGCCCUGGGAUGCUCCAGGCACACUCUGGGUGUGCCCUCCACCUGGACAAAAGCACCUCACAGUGUGCAGCAAACUGCCUGUGGACAUGGCUGAUAGGAUUCCUUGCUCCUAUCAACUGAAAUGUGUAUUUCCCCUUCUUCUUGUCUGUCCAUCUGUUUCCAGAUUUACAUCAUCUCAAUAAAAAUAUUGUGCCUCUUGUGGGUGGGUUGAGCAUUUGAAAUGAAAAAUUGUGUGGGUGUUCAGAUUUGAAUUGGUGAUUGCACAAAGCCAUAGCAAAUGUUAUGGACCAUUUGAGUUGCUUCUACUCUUUAUAUGUGUGACACAGUAAAAAUACACUGUAAUGAAAGAAAAUAAUUACUUCCUUUCUUGAGAGCUGCCACCCAUGAGUCUGUCCUGGCUCUGUGUAAUCCUGGCAGGUUGUUCAGAGCAGGUCAGAAAAGGGUGGUGUUCAUGGGCAUCAAAGGGCAAAUCAGUGAUGGAGCCAGUAUAAGUGAACAGUUUUGGGACUCAUAAACUCUCAGCUCACUCCUGCACAGCCAUUUGCAAAGUCUUUGCUGUGCUUUUGAAGAAUUUAUUUUUCAAGCAGCACCUUCAGGGGGUUGUUUUUAGGCAGUUUUCAAUUGUCAGCAUGCACAAAAAGCCUGGAAGAGAUUAUUCCAUUUCAAUGAGACUAUGUAUAAAUCCCUUGGCAAAAAUCUCUUAAGCCAGUGUUUGCAUUGAGUCAAACCAGUGAUGUUGCUGUAUUUAAAAUCUCAGUGUGUUUUGUUUGCAAGAAUUCAGUGAGAACAAUAUACAACCUAA